AUGACAAAUUAUUCAUUAUCAGAGACAAUAUCUACGAAUGAUCGAGAUUCAGAUCAACAGGAAAUUCGACAAAGAUUAUUGACUGGUUCACAAAAUGCAUUACUUAAUGAUUCUUAUGAAAAAUCUUCAAAUGAUUUGGAUGAUGAUCAUACACAUAAUUUAAUUGAUUCAGUUUUUGAAGUUCCAACAAGAUGUGUUGAACAAGCAAAAGAAGUUGGUAAAUUUGUUGUUGAUUAUGUUGUUGAUCAUAGUCAUCUUCCAUAUUGGCUUAUUGAUAAUGAAUUUUUAAUAUCUGGACAUCGUCCACCAAUGCCAAGUGUUAAACAAUGUUUUGCAUCAAUAUUUCGUUUACAUACCGAAACAGUUAAUAUAUGGACACAUCUAUUAGGUACAUUUGUUUUUAUUGGAAUUGCAAUAUAUUUUCUUACACGACCAUCUAAUGAAGUACAUAUAGAAAAAAAAUUAAUAUUUGGUGCAUUUUUUCUUGGAGCUAUUGUAUGUUUACUUUGUUCAACAUUAUAUCAUAUACUUUAUUGUCAUUCACCGAAAAUUUCGAAAUUUUUUAGCAAACUUGAUUAUUGUGGAAUAGCAAUAUUAAUUAUUGGUUCAGUUGUUCCAUUACUUUAUUAUCAAUUUUAUUGUGAAUUUGGAACAAAAAUUGCUUAUCUAUCAUUAAUUGGUUUAUUAGGUGUUACAUGUAUAAUUAUUUCUAUGUGGGAUAGAUUUUCUUCAUCAGAUUAUCGAGUUUAUCGUGUUUUACUAUUCAUUACAUUUGGAAUUUUUGGUAUUAUUCCAACUUGUCAUUAUAUAUUUCGACAUGGUUUUAAACAUGCUUUUACAGCUGGUGCUACUCAAUAUUUACUCAUAGUAGCUACACUUUAUGUUAUUGGUGCAAGUCUCUAUGCUGCUCGAAUACCUGAACGAUUAGCUCCUGGUCUUUUUGAUAUUUGGUUUCAAAGUCAUCAACUUUUUCAUGUAUUUGUUGUUGCUGCAGCUUGUGUUCAUUAUUAUGGCAUUUGCAUUUUAUCACAUAAUCAAGCUAGUUAUUUUGGCGAUUGUCAAGCAGAUAUUUUAACUUCAAGUACUGGUUCAUUAGCCUCUCUAAUCAAUUGA